AUGGAGCCUCAAGACUUAACUGAGCAUGCCAAAGUUGAACUGGAGUUGAGAACAGUUGAAUCCAGGUUUUGCUACUCUACUCCAUGUGGUGGUGGGGAGUAUGAGGUGAGGGAAGGCCAUGUGAAAUUCCCAGUCAGGAUUGACAGCAGAACCUGUGGGUGUGGAGUUUGGCAGGUGUCUGGUAUUCCCUGCAAACAUGGUUUGAGGGUCAUUUACAACCAGAGACUAGACCCUCUGGACUUUGUGUCCCAUUUCUUCAAGGGUGCUGCUUAUAAGCUGGCAUAUGCAGAACAUAUGCAGCCUAUGCCUGACCCUACUCAGUGGCCUGAGUUCAACCUGCCCACUAUUAACCCUCCUGGAAUUAAGAGGACUGCUGGAAGACCCCCUAAACAAAGAAAGAGGGGUGCCAUGGAAGCUAAGAAGAGGAAGAGGCACACUUCAGUAAAGUGUAGCAAAUGCAAGGAGAUGGGCCACAAUGCAAGGACUUGCAAGUCUGGCACUGGCAGUUCCAAGGCACCACCAAAACAGAGGGUUUCAACAAGGAAGAGGAAAACUGGUGAUGAUGGAGCAAGCACAUCCAAGGCAGCACCAAAAGGGAAGAAAUCAAAGCAAGCAUGA